AUGGAGCGUCAGCCCAGCGGCAAUUACUAUGACCUGGGCAUCUACUAUAACCUGGGCUACUUCUGCCUGGGAACAUACGAAACCGGAGUAAGAUCUGGAUUCGUGCAGGGUGCAGCAUCAGACGAGGAAGGAGGUGGCCACCCUGGCGAAGGAACUCCAGACCUCCCGGGCGAUUCCAACCGUGAAGGUGACGGGAACCGUGAGGGCGACGGGAGCCACGAGGUCGACGGGAGCCACGAGGGUAGUGGGGGUGGCCAGAAGAAUCAACAGCCUGAAGACCCGGCUUGUGCGGCGGCGGCUGCCGAGGCUGCGCUGCCCCACCGUGGGAAGCGACGUGCCUGGCGCGUUAAAUUCAUGCCGGAGCAGGUGCGGGUGAUGGAAAGCAUUUUUGAGCAAACUCGGUACCUGGACAGGCUCACAAGAAGCCAACUUGCAAGAUCCAUAGGUGAGACUGAAGCUAGAGUGCAGAUGUGGUUUAAGAAUCGGAGGGCCAAGUACAAGCGAAAUCAGAGCACCUCGUGCCCAGGAACGCGCCAGCUGACCCAGACCACCCUGCCAUCGUAAUGAUGGAGGGGCCCUAGAAUCCUAGUUCCAGAGCUGGAGCACAGAUGGAUGCUUCUGGCGCCAUGGGCCCAUGGGCCACCCAUGCUGCCCAUGCCACCCUUAUCCCCUCCACACUUGUGUUAUCA